AUGAUUUUGACACGGCUGGAUAUAACUGAAUUUCCCGAUAAGUACAUAUUACGACGAUGGACAAAAGAUGUCAAUAGAUUGUAUAUGAGAGUUAAAAUAAAUUAUGUCGGUUGGGUUAACUCUCCCGAGCAGUCACGAUAUGAUUAUUUGUGUCGCUCAUUCUCAAUGAUUGUUGUAAUAGCCGCUGAAGAUGAAAGACAUAUGUCUGAAAUAAAUAAUUGGAUUGCAAGUCAAUACCAUUAUGUAUCCACAACAAAUAAACGGCCAAGUUGUGGAAGUAAUCUCCAUCCACAACCUGAUGUUGGUCCUAUAGCAGAUCCAAAAUUCAAAACAAGUAAAGGAGCUCCUAGAAAGCUACACAAGAAGAGGUCGUUACAAUCACGUUCAAGUAAACAAAAUUUUUUAACACCGAUAGUUGAACCAGGCUAUGAAGUCGAGGAAAAAAAAUGGUUGCUUCAAAGUAUGGAGAUCGAGAUAGUUGUUGAGUCUUCUUCUUCUUUUACGACAAAAGAGAGAAUGCUCAUAUCCAUGGAAUUGUAUUUAAGAAUAAAGAAACAAAAGGAAAAAUAG